GCGCCCUUGGAGAUCCCGCGGUGCUCCACACAUCGCCGCCCAAAGCCACGGCUCGGUGUUAGCGGAAGGUGGCGAGCCACGGUGGCUGCGCACCGUUAGCGCUUCAGAUGUGACUAGGUUGGACUGCGUACUGCUGCUGUGCCAAACAUGGAGCCGCGACAAGUUUGACUGGAUUGUCCUUUUCCUCAUCUUACUUGUACCGCCUGUGACUGCGCGCAUCAGGGGGAUGAUGUGAGACGAUAUGAUCUGGCUGGAGGAGGAUAAUCGUGCACCCCCAGUUGACAGCAUGGACACCAAAAGGCACUCCGCUGAAAGGUGACCUCCAGACACUUCACCUCCCAGCAACUUUUGUUUUGAGUCGGCGCUUUGAAGUACAACAGAAUAGCUCCUCAAGAUGGAUGGAUCUUGGUAAAGACCUUCUGUCAAGAUAAUGCCAGAACAUAACAAUGAGCUCCAACAGCACAGACCCUGGUCUCUUCCUGACUGCCAACACCUCACCACCAGCGGCCGGAGCCUACACGCAAUCCAAUGCUCUCCACCAAGGAGGAACCAGUGGAGUCCCCUGGACGGUUUUCUAUGGGAACACUCUGGAUGAUAAUUCCUCCUCCACCAGCACACUCUUUAACCACUCUUUCACCACAGAAUCCCCAAAUGGGAAUGAAACAGUCCUUGGCUCUCUGGGUGGUCACCCUGUGUGGCAGGUUGUCCUCAUUGUCCUGCUGACAGGCAUGCUGUCACUGGUCACCAUCAUCGGCAAUGUCCUGGUGGUGGUGUCCUUCAAGGUUAAUCGCCAGCUAAAGACAGUCAAUAACUACUUCCUGUUGAGCUUAGCUGUUGCUGACCUCAUCAUAGGAGUCAUUUCCAUGAACCUCUACACAGCUUACCUUGUGAUGGGCUACUGGGCCAUGGGCACCUGGGCCUGCGACCUGUGGCUUGCUAUAGACUAUGUGGCAAGCAAUGCAUCAGUUAUGAACCUGCUGGUUAUCAGCUUUGACCGCUACUUUUCAGUCACUCGGCCUUUGACCUACCGGGCCAAACGGACCACAAAGCGAGCUGGGAUCAUGAUCGGCUUAGCCUGGUUUGUGUCUCUCGUUCUGUGGGCCCCAGCCAUCCUGCUAUGGAAGUAUAUUAAGGGUGAAAGGACAGUGCCCUCAGAUGAAUGCUACAUUCAGUUCCUCUCCGAGCCCAUCAUAACCUUCUGCACAGCCAUGGCGGCUUUUUAUCUGCCUGUGACAAUAAUGUGUGUUCUGUACUGGCGCAUUUACAAGGAAACACAGAACCGAUCAAAAGAGCUGGCUGGGUUGCAGGGUUCGGGUGGCCGUGGUGGGUCCGGUGAAAAAGGUCAGAAUAACGGAGGAGAGAGAGCCAGUUUUGUCCGUCAGACAGGAAGUUCUAGAAGUUGCAGCAGUUAUGAGUUAACCAGGUUGUCCAAGCGGAAGAGCACUUGUCAAGAGCUGGUUGGACGCUUCCACUGCUGGCCUGGGAUUCGUUCGUGGAGACCUGGUAGUACCCGGCAGGGAGACGGCGAUCCAGACCAGAGCAGCAGUGAUAGCUGGAACAACAACGAUGCUGCGAUCUCUUUGGACCAGUCUGGGUCUUCAGAGGAUGAGGAUUGUGGGGGAAGAGAGAUGAUUUCCCAGAGUCAUGCUAUUUUCUCCAUUGUCCUUAGCCUACCUGGUAUAAAGGCUGCUGUCAACUCCCAGCUAACCUCCUGUGAGGACCUGGACGCAGCCUCAGAGGAGGAUCCCCUCAGGGGAGCAGAGUAUAACCGAGACAGCCUUUCAUCAGUCACCACCAACACCACUGCCACUAUUACUCCAGAGGGAGCAAACAAUUCAGAAAAUAGCUACCACCAACGCUUCUGCUCACGCAAGAUUCAGUCGAUGUCUACCAUCCAGGCUGCCGCUAACCAAGCCUCUCUGGAUGGUAGCUCAACAGCCACUGCCACUGACAGCACUACCACCAGCACAGCCACUAAAUCCCCCUCAGUCCCAUUAUCCUUCAAAGAGGCGGCUAUGGCGAAGCGUUUUGCUGCCCGAGCUCGGACUCAGAUCACCAAGAGGAAACGCAUGUCUUUAGUGAAGGAGAAGAAGGCAGCUCAAACUCUCAGCGCCAUCCUCUUGGCUUUCAUCAUCACAUGGACACCAUACAACAUCAUGGUACUGAUCAAUGCCUUCUGUAAAAAUCCCUGCAUCCCAGGGACCCUGUGGGCAGUAGGGUACUGGCUGUGCUAUGUCAACAGCACGGUCAACCCCAUGUGCUAUGCCCUGUGCAACAAGACUUUCCGUACAACAUUUAAGAUGAUACUGUUGUGCCGCUGGGACCAGAAAAAAAGGAGGAAGCAACAGUUCCAGCAGAGGCAGUCAGUGGUAUUCCAUAGGAGGAUUCCCAGGGAGUCUACGUAAAUGACUGAAAGUUCAGAUGGUUGAUAACAAAAUUGAAAGAUGAAACAUAGGACAAGGAAAAGAAAGGAGCAUCCAUGUACUUGUUUCUGUGGAGUUUCUUCUGCCUAGAGAUCCUUAAUGUUUUUCUCUUGCGGUAUAUGUUUGUGUUGGUGCAUUCAUUUAGCAAGGCUGUACAUGUGCGUGACAGUUUGCAUACGGUGAGGUCCAGAGAUGAAAGCUUUCGCCUCUGUCCUUGAAGAACUCCUUACCAAUUCAUGCAAGUGCAGCUGAGAGAAGAUGAACUGAGCGGAAAACAAUAGAAAAGGGCUUUAAAAUGCUUUGCAGGAGAAAUAUUGAAGUGCAAUUGACACAAAUGGAACGGUUGUCUUUGUCACAGGGUUUGGGGAUUCACAUUUCUUAUCAUUUCUCUCUGUGGGUAGCUAGAUGUGUAACGUGCAGAGUGGUUUUGCAUUUCAAACAAAACUAUGUAUCUGUAAUGUGUCACUGAAAGCCAAGAUAAAAACUAUUUUGUGUUCACAGGCUUCUGCAUUUUACUGAUUCUCCCUGCCAUCUUCUUGACUGGCAUGUGUUUUUAUCAGAACUUCUGUACUUUGCCUUUCUAAAUGGAUAUAGCUUUCCUGUGUCUGAUGGAAUAUAAAAAAGUUCUUAACUUGUGUCUUUACUUUCAGUCAACAGAGAUCUGUUAUUUUUGUGAUAUCCAUCUUUGGUUUUCUAGAUAUUCCAGAGAUUUUUGAGCCAGUCUGAAAAUGAUUCUUUUGAUGAACUGAGUUGUGAAUAUUCUGUGUGGCACUACAGUCAGUGAACUGCUGUUGUGUUCGAUGUGAUUGUUGUGGUUUUUAUGGUGGAGACAAUAAGUACAUUGGUUGUGUUUUAUGUACUUGCGGUUUUCUGUCAAAAGUAAUGAUUAUAUUGUGUUUGUGUACCUUUGGAUAUUUCUGAUCUGAUACACAAUGGUUAUUGCGCACACAAAGAUGUCCAUUUAUGAAGACGUGUGUUUUGAUUUUACACUAUCUUUUAAAUUUCUACAAAACAAAAUGUCCAGGGAGCUCUUUUGUAAAAGGCCAACCAUCUUUCAUAGUAGAGCAAUGGCAGCCUCUAGUGGAGAGAGGCCAUCAAUCUACCUUCUACACGGCAGUAUCAAAUCCUAUUCUACCAAUAUGCAGACAACAAAACUGCAAUUAUUGUGCAUCAAUUAUUCAUGCUUUAAGCCUGUUGGUUUCAAGAAUUGGCUUAUAAAUAUUCCAUUAAAUUUAAAUUAAAAAUGUAGUAAAAGCAUGACCACAAACACUGAUGGUACCACAUUUUUGUCAUGAUGUGAUUCUUGUUAUUUUCCUAUGAUUUGUGGAUGAAGCAUUUCUUCUUUAAAGUUACUGUUGAGACUUACAGCAAAUGAUUUGUAUAUAGAACAGAUGUCUUGGUUUACAGCAUCAUCAGGUUUUUUUCUAUACAGAAAGUGGACAAACACCACAUACUGACCACCAAGAGUCAUCAUGAAGAUGAAGAAUUCAUUUUGAUUUGGAUUUGUCAUGCACUCUAUACUAUUUUUAUCUUCAGUUGAAAGUAUUUUGCAGCAUUAUCACACCCAAACCUUACAUUAUGAAUAUUAUACAGAAGAUACCGAAGGCAACGGACAGACUGUAUUAUGACUUGCUACGGUGAGAGUAGAUUGGAUUAUGUCGGAUGCAACAGAGAUGUUAAGAAUAUCCCAUUCCUGUCAUCGGUGGAUAUUUUUGUUCUGCAUUCAACACAGUGUUCUCCAAUGACAUGAUAUGUUCUUCAUCAAAAUAUGAGUUAUUUUGUACUUAAACAUUGGAAAUGUAAACUACCAAAAUGGUGAAAACAACAUUUUCAGUAUGCCAACAUACUCAUAUUUUAAGUCAAUAAACAAAAACUUUUUGACCAAAA